GAGAGGAGCUGUGUUUGCAUUUGCAAGGCUUAGAGACAGUGCCAGAGAGAAAUUUCAACCCCUUUCAAGGUUUUGAACUACGUGAUUUUUUGUCUUCUUACGAUGCCACGUGGGAAAGGCUACCGUCGUUCUCAGGCCGCCAAGAGGAGAUGGGCAGGCCAACGACCAUGGGAUGUGGAGCUGCUGCCACCACGUCCUGAGUUUGUUCCACGCCGUGGUACAGGGAAACGCCGUCAUGUGAAAGAGUACGACAGGUCCGUGUCUGGAAAGACACACAAGCUGGUGGUUCCUGCUCUUUCUCCUGAUAAGAAGUUCGUCCUUGUCGUUGGGGAUUCACAUCUGCGUCCCUUUGCUGAUGGAACUGUCGAGCUUUCAAAGGGAAACCUUUCCUUUGGCAUCAUGUCGACCCCAGGGGCGAGUGCGUGUCAUCUGAGGACCGAGCUGAUCCAUGCGCCACUGCCGAGGACACCUGAUGCAGUGUGCAUCUUGGCCCCCGGCAACAACCUGACGACCAGCAGUACCCAUGAGGUGGCCGGAGAAGAGUUCCGGGAGCUUUUGCUCAGUGCUUGUCAGCGUUGUGAAAAUGUGUUUGUGGUGGACUUUGUUCCACGUCUGACCGUUGCACCAGAACUGCAGGAGCACAUGAGCCGGGAGUUUCAUUCUGUGGCGCACAAAAUGGGUAUCGCAUACUACUCCACGUUUGAACAUUUCCCCUUCAGUCAGCUGGAUCUGUGGGUCAGAGAUAGUGUUCACUUGAGCGACGACGAGGGCAUGGAGAUUCUUUCCAAGUUGCUGUGGGACGCUGCCUACAAGCAACUGGAGGUGCCAGCACCAAAGGCGAAGGAUGCUCCCAGAACACCACCCCCAGUUCCAAGGACCCCUCCAAGGUUGCUCGUGAAGGAAGAGGUCUUUGCUGCUCCCCCUUCGUCUCCCCCCUCUGACCCGUAUGUCUGGAUGGAAAUGGUGAAGGGCAAGAAGAGGGUCCAAUCUGAGGAACAGCUCUGUAGUCCAUCAAAACGGCGCGUGGUUCGGCAUCAGGUGGAUGGAUGUCCAAUUGUGCUGAAGGAGUGUUUCAUCCCACUGAAUCCUGUCCUGUUCAGCACUUCCAUGUUGGCUGCAAUGGAUGCUGUGGUUCCAGCACAUCUUCCGAGCCCUGACAGCCCAGCUGUUUCACAAGACGCAACGACACCAAGUGUGGAGCCAAGAGUGAAGCGUGUCGCCUGCAAGAGGAGACUUGCAAUGUGCCAGGUCAAGGCGUCACCCAGUGUUGAGAAGGCGUUUCCCAGGCCGACAUCUGCCAAUGUUGUGGUUGGAAAGGAGGAUGUGGAUGCAACUCCAAGUGCUGUGACCGUGUCCUCAGAGCCAUCAUCUACCACUGCUGUGGAAGAGGUUGCAACGGAGGAGGGGGAUGCAACUCCAGUGUUCUCAGAACCAUCAUCUACCACUGCUGUGGAAGAGGUUGUGGAGGAGGAGGUCAGCAGGUCAGGUCCUCCUAUUCAGUGCCCAUCAAGAUUCAUCAAAAGUAAGGUUGAUGCUAACCCUCCCUCUUGCAGAUGUGCAGAGAAAAAGCAUGUGGCUGUUGUUUCUGGUACUAAUGUCAAAGUUGCACCGACAACUGAGGAUGUUUCUGGUACUAAUGUAAAGGUUGCGCCGUCAACAACUGAUGUGUCUAUUGCGUGCAGCGUUGUUGCUGCGCUUAAACAUGUUAUUGCUCCUGUGUGUACAUGGCGAGCCAGAGAUAUUGAUGACAUCUGUUUCGAAGGCAAGAAGUUGGCUAGUUAUGUAGCUCAAUCAAAUAGGAGUAGUGGCUUUGACAAUGAGCUAUGUGAGUUCAUUAAACAGCACAGUGUUUUUGGCAGGAAGUGCAAUGUAGCUAUUGGUUCAACAGUCUACAGAGGUUUCCACUUGGACGAGUCUGUGUUACUUGAAAAACUACAGGAACCUUUGUUGACUGAUGGAAUGUGUCUCUUGAACCUCCACGGUGCCGUGAGUGCUAUCAUUGAGCACAAUGGUUACUUUGUGGUAGUUGAUUGUGGUACUUGUGAUGCAUCUGGUUUGGCAUCUAAUAUUGGCAGGUCUGUAGCUGUUUGUAACACAACCCUGCGUGACCUGGUAGUGCAUAUCCAAGAUCUUAAGAGGUCUUUGGGUGCAGAGUGGUGUCUCAUUAGCAGGUUGUCUGUGGAGGCAGAUUCUGACAUUGACAGUGCUACAUUGCUGACAGAUGUAGUUGUUGAUGUCACAGUUGCAACUGCAGCUGUAGUCGAGGGUGGCAGUUCGCAGAAUAAUGCAAGUUCUGUCAGGGGAUCUUUCCACCAGGCAGAUCCUCGGUUUCAACACGCUGGAGUUCAGUGUAUGGCUAUCAGUUUGGUAGCUGUAGCAAAACACUCCAUUGAAAGUGUGUUUUCGUGGCAGGCUGACAAUCUGGACAAGGUUGUUGUUUUGGGGGAUAAUCUUUACAAUACGUUGAGGGACAGCAAUGUCACCAGUGAGGUUUCGAAACUGCUUAGUGUUCCUGAUUUGCCCAAACACUCUGUUAUCGAUGGACAAACGUUUGACUUUGAGUAUGAAGAUUGCGUUUCUGGAUUUGUUGAUGAACUGACAAGUGAUCUGAUUAAAUCUGGUGUAAUGACCAGUCUCAGAUCUGGAUUAGAGAAGAUAUUUAGUAAAUAUGACACAUGUUUUCUGACAUUGGGUGGAAAUACAUGCGCAGUCAUCAGUCAAGGUGGUCGUUUUGCUGUGGUUGAUUCGCAUGCACGCAGUGCGGAUGGGAUGGUGGAUGGGAAAGGGAAAAGUGUUGUUGUGCGUUUCACUUGCCUUGAUGAUGUUUUUGAGCACAUCUGCAAAUUUGCAACAGCAUUUAAACGUCCCAAACAGUUUGAGAUUGCUAGUGUUUGUGUGAUCCCCAGAUGUCCAGUUCCACCCAUUAAUUCAUUAUCCAGUCCAAAGGUACUAGUAGAAAGCAGGGGAAGUCAGUCGGGCUGUGGUUUACCUGUUCAGCCAACAGUUGGUUGCACAAGUAUUAAGCGCAAAAGAUCAAGCAGUGGGUUGUCAUCAAAGAAGUCAAAAAACAGUGAUUGUGCUGCAGUUGAUUCAGAUGUUGUUUUUGUAGCGGAUGUUGUGAGUGAAGGGCUCCAGUUUAAUCCACUUUGUGGGGUAGUUGUAGACACUCUGUGCAAACAGUUAAAUGUUGAGUCAGAGAAAGUAGAUUUAGUUUCUACAGAAGUUGGUCCGUUGGGUGCUCCUUGUUUGAAGGAGAAAAUAGUUAGGGAUGGUAACUGUUUCUGUAGAGCAGUUAGUCAGGCUGUGUGUGGUACACAGAAGCAUCACAGAAAAAUUAGGCUUGCUGUUGUAAAGCAUUUGAAAGCCAAUGGUGGUGCUUUAAGACCUGAGUAUUCUUCAAUGGAGGAAUAUCUCACAAUGUCAAAAAUGGCCUAUGUCGGUAGUUGGGCCACAGAAGUAGAGAUUCAAGCAGCAGCAGAUUUUUUCGGAGUAAGUAUAUUCACUUAUUGUGAUGGUUGCUGGCUUGAAUAUAGUUGUAAGUACAAGUUGUUGUCAAAUCAGGGGAUUUAUUUAGAAAAUUGCAAUGGAAAUCAUUAUGAGAGUGUUGUCUGUGUUCAGCAGCCAAACAUGCAGUGUUGCUAUGGGUAUUGCAAAGUGGGUGGGUCUAGGUACAAUUUGAGAAAACAAGGUGUUGUUUGUGCAGACAAUUUGACUUCGGUUGCAUCCUCAAUUUGUGAAGCUGAAGUAGGCAUUAUUGAACAAAAUGCCCAAACCAUGAGUAAGUUGUCUUUGUCUAACUAUUUAGUAAAAAAAAGAAAUUUACAACAAAGAAUAAAAUAUCAGCAAAACAGGCAAGAAUUUCUAGAAAAGAUGAAAAUGAAUUAUCAGGCAAAAGAUUGGUACAGGGAAAAAUUGAAUGAAAUGAGUAAAGCUAAAUAUCGUAAUAAUAAGUCUCACAGGGACAGAGUAAAGGAAAUGAGUAAAACUAAAUAUCGUAAUAAUAAGUCUCACAGGGACAGAGUAAAGGAAAUGAGUAAAGCUAAAUAUCGUAAUAAUAAGUCUCACAGGGACAGAGUAAAGGAAAUGAGUAAAACUAAAUAUCGUAAUAAUAAGUCUCACAGGGACACAGUAAAGGAAUUGAGUAAAACUAACUAUCGUAAAAAUAAGUCUCACAGGGACACAGUAAAGGAAACGAGUAAAACUAAAUAACGUAAAAAUAAGUCUCACAGGGACACAGUAAAGGAAAUGAGUAAAACUAAAUAACGUAAAAAUAAGUCUCACAGGGACACAGUAAAGGAAAUGAGUAAAACUAAAUAACGUAAAAAUAAGUCUCACAGGGACACAGUAAAGGAAAUGAGUAAAACUAAAUAACGUAAAAAUAAGUCUCACAGGGACACAGUAAAGGAAAUGAGUAAAACGAAAUACCGUUAAAAUCGAUUGCACAGGCAGUAUAUGAAAUCCACGAGUAUAAAGAAAUAUCAUGGAAAUCGUCGGCAUAGGCAGCGUGUUAUUGCAUAUAUGAAGUUGAAGAGGCAACGUUUAAAUGCAAAAUUGACAGAGUUUGAUUUAUGCAGCAGUUUUUGGCUAAAGUAAAUGAUGGCCCGGAUUUUGUCUGUUGUGUGUGUUUUAGAAAGUUAUUUAGAAAACAAGUUUUACCGUGUAGCAUGAAGGAUUAUGGUAAAAGAAAAGAAAUAAGUGUAAUUGCAGGUAAAUGUAUUAGUGAACAAUAUUUGCAUAAAUGUAGUACAGAUUGUGUAUUGCCUUGUCAGUGGUUAGAUUCAGCUAGGGGUCAGUUGUGGAUUUGUUUCAGUUGUAACACUAAAAUUAGUAGAGGUCAUAUGCCACCGGAAUGUGCUUUGAAUAAUUUGGCAACAUGUUUUAUUCCACCAGAAUUAGCAUGCUUGAAUAGUUUAGAGCAACAUUUAAUAGCGUGGUUAAAUGAGUUUUGUAGGGAACAAGAGAG